AUGCCUAAACUCUAUGAUAAAAUCGACGUCAACACAGAAAUUGGUGGUUUUGUAUAUGGACCUGAAUUGUUUAAUGACACGAAUAGCGCCUUAUCAUUGGGAUGCUCCGGAGUUUUCGGAUCAUUCGACCGGGAAAACGAUGUUCCAUUUGAUAUUCGCGAUGAGCCGGACACUUACCGACCGGAUAACAAUGAUAUUACGAAUGCUUAUCGGAAAGACGUUAACGAGAACGGAUAUUUAAAAUUUAUGAAACAUGUGGGAAACGUCAGUCCGACGCGCGAAAGAUCGAGCUAUUGGGCUUAUAUGGUUGAAAAACGAGAUAUUCACAAAAGAUCUAGUCUCGACGGACCAUCUGCAAAAAAACCGCGACACUAA